AUGGUGGAACACGCUAAGAGGAAUUUCGCCCACCCGAGGAUCUGCUACGAUGUCCUGGAUAUUGGAGGGAACGGGGUGGCCGACUUUGUAGGGAGAUACGGUCACUUCGACCGUGUCUAUUCCUUCUUUUGCCUACACUGGAUCGGGGAUCAAGAAACGGCAUUCAAGAACAUCGUCGACCUGAUGAAACCAGGAGGUGAAUGCCUGCUUUACUUCAACGCGUCGAGCAGCUUUAUGCGUUUGGGAAGGAAACUCUUAAGUUUGGAUCACUGGAAAAAAUACCGAAAGAUGGUGCACGUGACGCAUCCUCCAACCCUGGAUUUGGCAGACCGAGAUGCCAGUCUGUCUUACCUAUCCGGUCUUGUGAAGAACGCCAAUCUGGGUCCAACCACGUGCGAGGUGAUUGAAGACUAUCCCAGGUGGUCCAGCGUUGAGGAAUACACAAGAGUGCAUAUGGGAGUGAUUAGACUCGCCGACCUUGUGACAGAAGACGAGAAUCCUCUUCUUCUCAAGGACGUCGCCGAGGAAGGCGCCAAAUUGUUGGCCGAGAGAGAGGCUGGUGGCUCACCUUUCCGCAACUCCAAGUUCCUGGUGCGCGCCCACAAACCUCGAUACUAAGCUUGGCGUGCCCUAGUCUAC